AUGUCUGACAUCGAGGACGAGCUCCUGGCCCUUGCGGGUGGCGACUCCGAAGACGAGGGCUCCGCCCGCGGCCGCGGUGGCUCAGAGUCGCCGCGUCGCUCCAAAAACGAUGCUGGCAAAUCGAACAAGUCAAAACGGCAUGCGAGGCAGGACGAGUCUGAGGAAGAAGGCGAAGCAUCCUCGGCCCCUUCAUCACCAAAUUCGCUGGAAUCAGCACCCAUGGACGAAUCCGACUCAGAUGCUGAACCCGCGCCGAGGGGCGGCGCUACCGAUGAGGAUGAUAAAUACCCCGUGGACGGCAAGUUUACGAGCGAGGCGGAAAAGGCCGAAAUCAUGGCCAUGCGUGAAGUUGACCGGGAACGUAUUCUCGCGGAACGUAUGGACGAGGUCGAGCGCCAGCGACAGAGACGUCGCCUCAGACAAAUGAUUGAGGAAACGGAGCGCAGGAAUGUCAAGAAGAAGCGCAGCGCCGACACUGCAGAGUUGGAGGACGGCCAACGAAGGGCUUCACGGCAGCGUACCGGCAAAGGCAACGAGUCCGCCAUGGACUCUCUCCGCCGAGCCCGCGCCGAGAAGGCGAAGCGCAAGGAAGACCAGACGCGCGGACGAGCUUAUUCCCCUACACGACGAGCUUCGGAUGAUGAGGGCAGUGGUGAUGAUUUUGGCCGCGCCAGGUCUCGGACGCCGGAGAAGGAGCAAGAGAAGGAAGCGCCAGCUGCUGAGCUCAAGGACUUUGAGCGUGUGCGACUUGGCAGAAACGAGUUUGCUCAGGUCUGCUUCACACCAGGGUUCGAGGCCGCCAUCGUCGGCUGCUACAUCCGAAUUGCUCUGGGCCCUCACCCCGAGACUGGAGUUGAGCAAUAUCGCAUGGCCGCCAUCAAGGGCUUCACCACCAGCCGGCCGUACGCCCUCAGCGGGCCACAGGGGCCCUUCGUCACCGACCAGUACGUCAAGGCCGCGCACGGCAAGGCAGUCAAGGAAUUCCCCUUCAUCGCCGCGUCGAGCGGCAAGUUUACCGACACCGAGCUCAACCGUUACCAGGUGACGUGCGCCAACGAGAACGUCAAACUGCCCACCAAGGCCCAUCUCACGGACAAGAUUGACGAAAUCAACAACUUGAUCAACCACAAGUGGACGGGCGAGGAGAUCAAGACUCGGCUGGCCAAGAGGAACGAGCUCAAGCGCCGAUUCGACCCCGCCGAAAGGGAGCGCGUCGGCAAGCUGCUAGACGAGGCCGUGGCUCGCGGUGACGAAACCAAGGCGCAGGAACUCCAGGAAGAGCUCGAGCAGCUCGGCACGCAGCGCUUAGCGUUCCGGACGAGCCUCGGCUCGUCAAAGAACAUGGACGGACCCCGGGCCGCCACGGAGCAGGACCGCCUGGCGGAGCGCAACCGCGAAAACAGACGGAUGAACGCCGAGCUCGUCCGCAGGGCCCAGCUCAAGGAGAAGGCCAGGUCUCGCGAGAUGGAAAUGGCCCUUAAGCGGGGCGAGCAGGUGGCCGAGGAUCCGUCGCGGCGUCUCCGGACCAAGGCCAAGUUUGUGCAUGAUGUCAACGACGCGUCGCAGAAGCCGUCUGCCAACGGAAGCGAGGUCGGCACGCCGGCAAACGGCACGCCCAAGGUGGCCGCUACGAAGCCCGAGAUGAUGUCUCACCUUGCAAGGUUACAGGAGAAGAAGUACUCGGAGAGCAACGGAGUGCCGGGGAUCCAUAAGCCGCUCAUGGACGACGAUGUCAUUGGCGCGUUGGAUCUGGACAUUGACGUGGAGAUUUAG